AUGAAAAUUUUAAUAUUAAGUUUUGCUUCUUGUCUUCUAUUGAUAUUGCCCAAUUAUUACCACGUGACCGAGGGCCAGAAUGUCCUUAUGCCAACUGCAUUCUAUAAGACGACUGUAUUCGAAAAGAUAAAUCGCGGUGGAUAUAACAUCACUAAUUGUUUAGAAGAACUCCUCAAUUGUUGGGAAAUUAUAAAACCCGACCUAAUUUGUAUUAAGAACACGUACGAACAAUAUAAAACGACCGCUUGCGAGGUGCUCAAGGAAACUUGUGACGACUACACCGGACUAAUUGAAGACACUUAUGGAACACGUCUAACGCUGUUCGAAACGACGUGCUUGUUUGAUUCUACUUCAGAAUUUACUAAGUAA